AUGGCCGCCCAUUGCAGCCGCGUUGCAGGGCGAGCUCGGUACCCCGGUAUACCGCUGAUGAGCCGGUGUUUGCGCAGGUAUUCGAGCGGUUGUGGCCAGGCAGUGCCCAAAGAGCCAUCUUUUCGGCCGCCUUCGCUCGAUGUACCACCUCGAUCCUCGCCCGAACCUCAAUUACCAUCGUCUCGCCUUGACUCACUCAAGGAUGCAAGGCCGUUCUCCUCCUUCUUGACAGAUACCUUUAACCGACAGCAUGAUUACCUUCGGAUCAGCAUCACCGAGCGCUGCAAUCUGCGGUGUCUCUAUUGCAUGCCAGAAGAAGGCGUCCCACUUUCACCGCCAGAACAUCUGCUCACCACACCAGAAAUCGUGUACCUUUCGACCCUGUUUGUAUCACAGGGAGUGACAAAGAUACGACUGACGGGUGGGGAGCCUACAGUGCGCAAGGACAUACUACCGAUGAUGCAGGAAAUCGGCAAGUUGCGUCGUGAUGGGCUUAAAGAAUUAUGUCUGACUACAAACGGAAUAUCACUCCACCGGAAACUUGACAGUAUGGCUGAAUCAGGACUGACCGGAGUCAACUUGAGCCUUGAUACCUUAGAUCCUUUCCAGUUCCAGAUCAUGACAAGACGCAAAGGGUUUGAAGCUGUGAUGAAGAGUAUCGAAAAGAUAUUAGAGCUAAACGAACGCCACGGCGCUGGCAUUAAGCUAAAGAUAAACUGCGUGGUCAUGCGGGGUAUAAAUGACCGGGAGAUACUCCCCUUUGUCGAGCUGGGCCGUGACAAGGUGCUCGAGGUCCGGUUCAUAGAAUAUAUGCCAUUCGAUGGGAACAAAUGGAGUAAAGGGAAGAUGUUCUCCUACCAGGAGAUGCUUGAUGCCAUCAAAGCAAAGUAUCCGGGUUUUGAGAAAGUACCCGAUCACAAGAAUGAUACCAGCAAGACAUACCGGGUUCCAGGCUUCAAAGGGAAGGUUGGCUUCAUUACUAGUAUGACACAUAACUUCUGCGGGACAUGUAACCGUCUCCGGAUCACUAGCGACGGGAACCUGAAGGUGUGCCUCUUUGGCAACACGGAAGUGUCUCUGAGAGAUAUGAUCCGGCAGGAAAACAACAACAAGCCAAUAUCUGAGGAUGCUUUGCAGUCCUUAAACCUCCUCGAGUCGGCUAGACAGGCUGCUCGAGCUGAGGACCAAGGCUAUCCAGUGAAUGAGCGGGAGAGAGAACUUUUGGAUAUAAUUGGCGCCGCUGUCAAGCGCAAGAAGGCAAAACAUGCCGGGAUUGGUAUCUUGGAGAAUAUGAAGAACCGUCCCAUGAUACUGAUUGAUGAAACUACUCCUAGGAAUAUUCACCAUUACAAUCAUCGCCCUCCGGUUAAAAGAAGGCCCCGAACACUAGACUCAUCCCGUCAGUCGUGGGAGUCUAUUCCAAUCCAUCUCCUUGGUAUCGACAGGUCAACGGGGCAUUCCCCCCGUUUAUAUUCUACUUGGAAAUCUUCGACAGGCGUAGAACCGCCGCCUUCAACUUCGUCACAAUCGAAACCGACCAAAGAUAGCACCAUUCGUGACCUUCCAACCGCGUCCCAUACAAAGCUCCCCCAUCUUACUCCAAAUGAAACCGUCCAUAUGACAUCAAUAGGUCAUAAGCCAGAAACUAAUCGUUUGGCGACUGCUGUGUGUCGAGUUACAUUCUCCAAUCCGACGCCUAUAUCACUUCUAACUACUGGCGACGGCCUUAUGAAAAAGGGAGAUGUGCUGUCUGUUGCACGCAUAGCAGGCAUUAUGGCCGCUAAGAAGGCAGCGGAUAUCAUCCCACUGGCUCACCCCGGUCUGGGAAUAACUGGUAUUGAAGUAGAUGUUGCAGUAUGUCCGCCUGACCCAGAGGAGAAUAUGCCAAAUGAGAAGAACAGGGUAGACAAUGGAGUUCAUGGCAGUAUUCUCGUUACAUCGAGCGUUAGCUGUCUUGGACGAACAGGGGUGGAAAUGGAGGCAAUGACGUCUGUAUUGGGUGCUGCCCUUACAGUGUACGAUAUGUGUAAAGCUGUGGACAAGGGGAUGGUGAUCGGUGAAGCCAGAGUUGUUCAAAAACGAGGAGGGAAGAGUGGUGAUUGGGAAGAAGGAAUUCGUGUCAGCGAUUCCAAGGGAAACAGUAAUUAA